CUACACUACUGAGACCCCAGCACAAAUACCAGGGUUCCGCUCCCUGAGCCAGAAAAGGACCCUCUCCUCCCCGACGGUUCCCUGUGUCGUCCCACACCCCGAAACAAUAUCCCAUUAUGCUAAGGAGUACCGCCGUUCCAAGACCACCCGUUUAAGAAACAAACAUGGAUACUGAGGCGUACGCGGCAGUCGACGAACUGGGGAGAACAAUAGGGUAUCACGAACCAACCAUGACCUUCGAACCUCUGGAGUACUCUUCCACCUCAUUAAAACCACCUGGUCUUAUUACACCGCUCGCCGAUAGAAAUAAUACCUUGCUGUCGAAUAUACGGCACCAACGGCAGCAGUCGGCUCCGAACGUUUAUUAUUCCAACGCGGAUUCGCCGUCUCCAUCCCCUAAACCAGGUCACGUCAGGCAUCAGUCUCAAGACAUGCCACUUACCGGCGACGGGCGAGCCGGCCGGCGCCCGGAUAACUCCUCAGGAAGAUACGGCACCUGGCUGAGCGCUACACCGUCAUCCUCAUCCGCAGACGAGGCCGUCUCUCCAAACACCACACCCAAACCCAAACGCAGCAUCGCAACAUCCGACACCACACCAAAGAGCGCGACGCAAUCCCGCUUCGGCUUCUUCGCGUCGCUCACCACGCGGCUAUCCAGCCCAGCAGCGCAGACCCCCCAAGAAGUCGACGCCGAAAUAAUCAACAUGGACAUCGAAGCAGCGCUGUACCCGUCCGCGACAGACCGCGACACCUUCUCGCCCGCGGCCUACAAGAACCUGCAGACCAACGCGGCGGGGCUGCUGCGCAAGAUGCAAGACGCGUACCGGCAGCGCGCAGCCACGAUCCAGGAGAUGCGCGCCGAGCGCGAGGCCCACGGCGAGGAGAUGGCGGAGACGGAGCUGCGCAUCCGCAGUUUCAAAAGCCAGCUCGAGAGCAUGGCGGCGAAGGCGGUCGAGCAGGAGAAAGCUAUGCAGCAGCUCGUUGCGGAAUUACAGGCGGAAAGGGGGGCGCGGCGCGAGGCGGAGGACCGGGCUAGUCGCGGGAGGGCGUUGGUUGAGUCACCGCUGAUUACGGAGGAUCUCUGUGUGGAUGAUGUUGAUGGCGACGGUGAUGAUGCGGACGACAAGCGCAAACGCUGGCGCAACAGCGACGGCACGGUGCGCUCGGAUCUCAGCAUCGAUACGUCCGCGGGGACCAGCGUGACGGACGGCGAAAGCGUCGAGGCCGAAAGCAUAUUUAGUCGGAGCCGCAGCCCAACGGCCACGGUAACAACCACCAUCACGGAAAACGAGGUUCCGCCCACGCCUCAGCACGAGCUCCUCGCGAUCCGGUCUCCCCACACGCCCAAUCUAUCUCCCAAGCCCAAGCAGCAGCAGCAGUUGACCACGUUCCAGAAGCUGGUCAAGGGGAUCUCGGGAGGAGGAGGAGGAGGAGGAGGAGGAGGGGAGAUGGUGGAUGGGUGUAGUAAUUGCCAGGGGCGGGAGGCUAGUGUGGCGUGGGAUACGGUUAGUCUUCUGCGCGACGAGAAUAAGAGCUUGAAGCACCGUGUUGCGCAGCUCGAGGUUGUGGUUGAGGGCGCGUUGGAUGUUGUUAAUGGGAUUGGGGUGUAGGGGAGUAGGUGUGCUUGCUAUAAGGCUUUAGGGGAAGAGAUUGACGAAAUGGAUGGGAUGUCUACCUCGGUUUGUAGAUGUGUGUACGUUUGGAUUAUGGAAGUGGA